AUGUCGCGCAUCGUUUCGCCAACCUGUUCUUCUUCGUUCCGCCGCGGCGCGAACGUUUGCGCAUCGACGAAUGUACCAGAAACAAAUAACAACAACAAGAAGAAGAAGUUACCAACGCCACAGAAGAGAAGAGACGUGCUAAUCGGUUUAAGCGGGGCAUCCUUGCUUUCUCACGCUCCUUAUUCUUUAUCAUCAAUAGAACAACAACAACAACAACCUUUAACAGAUAUCGGAGAACUUGGUUUGGGAUGUUGGAGUUGGGGGAACUCGUUCGUCUGGGGAUACGAAGAAUCUAUGGACGAUGAAUUGCAGCGCGUUUUCAACUUAGCCGUGGACAGAGGAGUGCGCCUAUUUGAUAGCGCAGACUCGUACGGCAAAGACGGUCGGAGCGAGCAGCUGUUAGGUAAAUUCAUCAGAGAGUAUCCGGGCGACGACGCGAAGAAGAACGAUAUCAUUUUGGCGACGAAGUUUGCGCCAUACCCGUGGCGAGUAACAUCGAGCAGUUUCGUGAAUGCGGCGAAGGAAAGUGCAAAGAGGUUCGGGAAAGAGAAGAUUGAUUUAGGACAGUUGCAUUGGUCCACUGGGAACUAUCAACCACUUCAAGAAGGCGCUCUGUGGAGCGGCAUCGCAGACGCGUACGAGGAAGGGAUCAUAGGCGCGGUUGGAUUGUCUAAUUAUGGUCCCAGGCAAUUACAAAAGAUUCACAAAUAUAUGAGUUCAAGAGGCGUAAAGAUUUCAACGCUGCAAGUGCAGUAUCAUCUCUUAUCUCGAUUCCCGGAGCUAAAUGGAACAAAGGAAACGUGCGACGAGUUAGGUAUAAAACUGAUCGCAUACAGUCCUCUUGCGCUCGGGUUGUUGACGGGGAAAUAUAGCGUGGAAAAUCCACCGCCUGGAUUGAGAGGCCAAGCUUAUAAAGGCGUGCUGCCACCGUUACCGACUCUCUUGGAAAUAAUGAGAGAGGUUGGGGAUGCGCACGGAGGAAAAUCGCUUCCACAAGUCGCUCUCAAUUGGUGCAUGUGUAAAGACACCGUGCCGAUCCCUGGAGCGAAGAACGUGCGGCAGUUGGAGGAUAAUCUUGGCGCAUUAGGGUGGCGAUUAAGUGCGGCUGAGGUUGCCGAAUUGGACAAGGCUGCCGAAAAAGUAGGCGUGUCGACAUCGCAAAACAUCUUUCAAACAGCUUGA